CUUUCUAAACUUUCCAAACUUUUCGAACUUUUUCUAUUUUGUUGCUGCAGCAACAAAUGGCUGUUUUGUCAAUUGCACUUCAUUCGUGAACUUUUAAACAAGCUCUCAAGCGAGUAUAAAUUCCGAAUCAAAGCCAAAAUAUUUUCACAACUUUUACGAGUCUAAAAAAAUCGUGUUUAAAAGUCUCUUUCAACGUUUUUUGAACAUUUUUUUCCAUUAAAAUACAAGUAACCCGCAUAAGCAUCAAUUUAAUACUAAAAUGUGUGAGCAUUAUUGUGAUGAUUUGGAAACCUUCAAUCCCGAAAUUGAAUACCAGAAGUUUUUGAAACGUAAACCCAUCGUGCAAACGGCCAAGUUGUAUGAGCAAUUGCAUACGCGUGAGAAGAUCAAAUGCCCGUACAACUUCAAAGGCUAUGGCGUGGAGACGGACAAGAACACAAUGUAUCGCACUUGCAAUUCGGAGUAUGGCUACUAUGCACCGAAUGCCUAUACAAUACCGACGCGCUACUUUCCCCUCUCACAGAAAUUCUCUAAUGAACUUGCUCGUUGUGGCAUGUAUCGGAAUUUCUCUCUGAAUACUUUAAUGGAUCGUGCGUAUUUCUGAGUAACUCUUUGGUUGGCGUCGCAUUAUUGCGGUAUUUAAAUUGGGAAUAUGUAAAUCGCGCCUCCUCAAAGCCAGUUUAAUCAUCCAAGUAUUUGUUUGUGUGCCAAAUGCUGGAUAAUUAAAUUGAAAACAUCAAUAAAUUCAAGAACAUAAUAAACUUUAAGUAAUUUUUUUG